AUGUGCCCCCGUGUGACUUCCUUGCAGAACGUGCUGGCCAAGGCGCUGUACGACAAUGUGGCCGAGUCCCCGGACGAGCUCUCCUUCCGCAAGGGCGACAUCAUGACAGUGCUGGAGCGCAACACGCAGGGGCUGGACGGCUGGUGGCUCUGCUCCCUGCAUGGCCGCCAGGGCAUCGUGCCUGGGAACCGUCUCAAGAUCCUGGUGGGCAUGUACGACAAGAAGCAGCCGCAGCAACAAGCGCCUGGCACGGGGCAGGGGCAGGCCACACCCCAGCCGCAGCCUCCGGUGCCCCAGACCACUCUGCCUUAUCACCCCCAAGGGGGCUACCCGCCGCUGUCACCCGCAUCCCAGUACACUCCCAUGCACCCUGCCUACCCAGCCCAAGGGGACAACGUCUACCUGAUGCCGGUGCCCAGCAAAGGGCAGCAGGGUCACUACUCGGGCUCGGCGCCCAGCGGACAGUUCCCACCCGCUCCGGCCAAGCAGCCGUCCAGCUACCCCAAACAGCCUCCUUCCCACGCCGGCCCCGGCCAGGAGAUCUACCAGGUGCCGCCAUCCCUGAGCCAAGUGGCAGACACGUACCCAGGGGGCACUGCCAGCCCCCCCCAGGAUAUCUAUCAGGUUCCUCCUUCAGUCGGCCUGGCUCAGGAGAUCUACCAGGUGCCCCCGUCGUUGGACAUGAGGAGCCGGGACGGGCACAAGGCCCAGGGAAAGGUGCUGGUGCCCACCCGUGUAGGGCAGGUGUACGUCUACGACUCCCCGAAGGGCGAGCAGGAUGAAUACGACUUUCCUCGGCACCUGCUCCCGCUGGGCUCCCAGGAGAUCUACGAUGUUCCCCCGGUGCGUGGGGGGCUCCCGAGCCAGCUCAGCCAGGAGGUAUAUGACACUCCACCCAUGGCGGUGAAGGGUCCCAUGGCACAGGAGCCCGGGCAGGAGAUCUACGACGUGCCCCCCAGCGUGGAGAAGAGCCUGCACCAAACUGUGUACGACAUCCCGCCCUCUGUGAGCAAGGACGUGCUGGAUGGCCCCGUGCGGGAGGAGACCUAUGACGUGCCGCCCGCCUUUGCCAAGCAGAAGGCCUUCGACCCCUCCAGACACCCCCUCAUCCUCACACAGCAGGAACCCUACCUGCCGGAGGAUGUCUACGAUGUGCCACCGGUGGCUGGGAAAGGAGUGCCCGAGCCAGUGCUCUCCCACGAGAUCUACGACGUGCCCCCUAGCCUCAAGAAGCUGGGAGGGGCGGCCUUCAGCUCCCAGGAGGUGUAUGAUGUGCCCCGGGACUUGCAUGCCCCCGGCAAGGGCUCAGUGGACACCGAGGGUGAGUACAUCUACGACGUCCCACCGCAAGUGGAUCGUGAGACCAAGGCCACUGACAUCAAGCGUCUCUCGGCCUCCAGCACGGGCAGCACCCGCAGCAACAUCUCCACAUCCUCCCUGGACGUGGUGCCGGUGAAGGAACCGGCCAAAGGGGCUGGCAAGGAGUUCUCCUUGGACUUGGACGCUGCCAUGGAGGUGCUUGCCAAACUCCAGCACGCUGUCACUGGUGCUGUCUCCUACCUCAUGUCCUUCAUCAGUGCAAACUGGCGCAGCCCUGAGCACAUGGAGGCGAAUGCUGCCAGCAUCCAUGCGGCAGCCGAGGGCGUCCAGACAGCCCUCCGGGACCUGCUGGAGUUCUCCCGGGGGGCAGUGGGCAACGCUGCCCAGGCCUCGGACCGCUCCCUCUACACCAAGCUCAGCAAGCAGCUGCAGAAGAUGGAGGAGGUUUACCAGGCCCUGGCUCGGCAUAGCCAAGCUCUGGACACUUGUCACUGGGCCCCUAGCGCUUUGGUUGGAGGCAAGGCGGGCACCGAUGACUUGGAGCUCUUUGUUAUGUACUCCCGUGGUGUACCCGAUGACACCAAGCAGCUGGCCUCUUUCUUGCAUGGCAAUGCCUCCCUCCUCUUCAAACGGACAAAGCAGGCAUCAGAGGGCAAUUGCCAUGGGCCCUCUCACCCCUCUGACAAGGCCAGCAGCAUUCAGUCACGGCCCCUGCCCUCCCCGCCCAAGCUGCUGGCACAGGAGUCGCCCGAUGGGCCAUACGAGAACAACGAGAGUGGCUGGAUGGAGGAUUACGACUAUGUCCAUCUCCAGGGCAAGGAGGAGUUUGAGAAGACCCAGAAGGAGCUGCUGGAGAAAGGCAACAUCAUCCGGCAGAGCAAGGACCAGCUGGAGCACCAGCAGCUGAAGCAGUUUGAGCGGCUGGAGCAGGAGGUGACGCGUCCCAUUGACAACGACCUGUCCAACUGGAGCCCCCCACAGCACUAUGGCCUGGCACGAGGCGGCGGGGCCCUGUGUCCUGCCGACCGCCAGCUCCUCCUCUUCUACUUGGAGCAGUGUGAGGCCAACCUCACCACUCUCACCAAUGCCGUUGACGCCUUCUUCACUGCUGUCAGCACCAACCAGCCCCCCAAGAUCUUUGUGGCCCACAGCAAGUUUGUCAUCCUCAGCGCCCACAAGCUCGUCUUCAUCGGCGACACGCUGUCCCGGCAGGCCAAGGCCCAGGACAUCCGGCACAAGGUCACGCACUACAGCAACCUCCUCUGUGAGAUGCUCAAGGAAAUUGUGGUGACCACAAAGGCGGCUGCUCUUCACUACCCCUCGCCCGCAGCCUCCAAGGACAUGGUGGAGCGUGUCAAGGACCUUGCCAACAGCACGCAGCAGUUCAGGAUGGUGCUGGGGCAGCUGGCAGCCAUGUGAUGGUCCUGGGCUGUUGCCCCCUCCUCAUGGCCCUCUUACUGUCUUCAGACAUGUGCCCCUCAACAAGAGCCAUCUCUGCCUGGUGUAAACAGACCUGUAUAUAGAUA